UUCGUCAUCCACUUUGCAGCGUAGCGGCGUGUGUGGUUUGGUUUACGGAUGCUCAGGAGAUUCGCCGGCACUCACUCACCGGGAAGUCGCUGCUGGAUUGUUGAUUUUUUUUUAUUUUAUUUGAAUUUUCUUGGUCGACGGUUCCGUGGCGGAAGACAUAAACAUUUACCCGGUCACAGAUGGCUAACUGCUCCGAGUCCGCUAACCUUAGCUCCUCCGCGAGCGGAGAACUUAAGAAGAAGAGGAAGGUGGCUGUAGUCACCGGCAUCACCGGACAGGAUGGUUCCUACCUGGCUGAGUUCCUGAUCGCUAAAGGCUACGAGGUUCACGGUAUUCUGCGACGUUCCAGCUCUUUCAACACGGGCCGCAUCGAGCAUCUUUACCAGAACCCACAGACUCACACUGAGGGCAACAUGAAGCUGCAUUACGGCGACCUGACCGACAGCACGUGUCUGGUGAAGAUCAUCAACGAGGUGAAGCCGACGGAGAUUUACAACCUGGGCGCCCAGAGCCACGUCAAGAUCUCCUUCGAGCUGGCCGAGUACACCGCCAACGUGGACGGCGUCGGGACGCUGCGCCUCCUGGACGCCAUCAAGACGUGCGGCCUGACGGACAGCGUCAAAUUCUACCAGGCCUCCACCAGCGAGCUGUACGGAAAAGUCCAGGAGAUCCCUCAGAAGGAAACCACUCCCUUCUACCCCCGCUCACCUUACGGAGCUGCUAAACUCUACGCCUACUGGAUCGUGGUGAACUUCCGAGAGGCCUACAACAUGUUCUCCGUCAACGGGAUCCUCUUCAACCAUGAGAGCCCGAGGAGAGGUGCAAACUUUGUGACGCGUAAGAUCAGCCGCUCUGUGGCAAAGAUCCACCUGGGCCAACUGGAGAGCUUCAGCCUGGGCAACCUGGACUCCAAGAGGGACUGGGGCCACGCCAAGGACUACGUGGAGGCUAUGUGGCUGAUGCUCCAAACGGAAGAGCCGGAGGACUUUGUCAUAGCUACAGGGGAGGUGCACAGCGUGAGGGAGUUUGUGGAGAAGGCCUUCAAACACGUGGGAAAGACCAUUGUGUGGGAGGGAAAGGAUGAGAAGGAGGUUGGCCGUUGCCAGGAGACCGGGGUAGUACAUGUGAAGGUGGACCCCAAAUACUUCCGUCCUACUGAAGUGGAGUACCUGCAAGGUGACAGCACCAAAGCGUAUCAGAAGCUGGGUUGGAAGCCAAAGGUGACUUUUGAGGAGCUGGUCAAGGAGAUGGUGGACGCAGACGUGGCACUGAUGAAGCAGAAUCCAAACGCCUGAGGUCCAGUCAGUCCCUCCAUCCAGGACCGAGGACAUUUUAGUAGCACUCCAGUCUCCUGCCACUGAGGCAGAGCCCAUGAUGUGUUUUUUUUUACCUUUAACUUUUCAGAAGGAAAAUAACUGUCUUUGAUUUCUUUUGAUUUUGCCUUUGAUUAUAGAGUCCAUUCUCCUUUUUUUUUUUUUUUUUUUAUGUUGUGAUAUACAACGAAUGCCUUUUUACAUUUAAAUGCUGAUCGUGUCAUUAUUUGUAUAGGUGGAAAUGGUUUAUUUAUAUGUGUAUUUUCUUUUUAAUCAAGUUGAAAUUCAUUCUUUCAGGGGGAAUAAUACAUAAAUAAAUCAAAUGAAUGAAGAUUUUAUCUUUUAUUAAAAUGAUGAAAUGAGCUUUUGGUACAAUAAAAGCAGAUCUUUUAACAA